AUGGAUACCAACAAGCCAAGGCAGCAAUUCGUCUUCAUCAAAACACACAAGACAGGAAGUACGACCAGCGUCAAUAUUUUUCAAAGAUAUGUCAUCUACCACAACGUGACUCCACUGAUAGCAAAGGCGACGGGUUAUGUGUCUUGGCCGUUCCCUCCGGCAGAGACAGACUAUGUGCACACUCCCGGGGAACAUUAUGACGUCAUGUUCGGUCACAUGGUGUACAACAAAACAUGGCUGCAGUCCAAGUUUCCCACCAACGCACCAUACAUCUCUCUCAUUCGAGAACCUUUAAGUCACCUGAAGUCGUGCAUGAGCUUCUACAGUCUUCCUAAGCUACUAAAGAUCACUUCUACAAACCCCAUCAAGACCUUCCUGCAAAACCCGUGGAAGUACAAAAACCUGUCUGAGGCCUACUUCAGCUUCUGUAAGGUGACCUGGGACGGCACCAGAAACCACUUGGCUUUCGACUUGGGCUACCCUACUGAGGGAGCCGAUGAUAUGGAAGCAGCUGAAAGAUACAUCAAAGAAUUAGAAUACGACAUGACGCUAGUGUUGUUGCUGGAGCACCUUGACGAGUCUCUGGUUCUCCUAAGACGUCUCAUGUGUUGGGAGAUGCAAGACGUCUUGUACGACACCGCGCCGAAGAACGUCAAGAAUUACUCCUAUAAGUCCUACAACCCCACCCCGGAGGAGCUUGCCAACCUCCGGAGGUGGAAGGCUGUGGAUUACCGUCUGUACGACACGUUUAACAGGUCCUUGUGGAGGAAGAUAGCAGGACAGGGACCAGAUUUCUACCGUGAGCUCCACCACUACCGGGAACUGAAACAGAACAUCAGCUGGUUCUGCCAUGGAGAGCAACACAGGAAAUCUAACCUCACACUCACUGUGAAAACUUCCCAGUGGAGUCCGCAGUUUGUCGUUGAUGCCAGAUAUUGCAAGGAAAUAGCUACAACGUCAUUGGACAUGAUGAGGGAAAUACGACAGAAGGAAUCAUUUAAAGUGGACAAACGGUGGGAAAUCGUCUUGCCGGUUAUAAACGUACUUUCAAUCAUCGAAGGACGGCCAACCUUCAAAUACAAGAUUGAACGGAUGGAAUAUCAGAAAGAAUUGCGUAGGAAAAUACCAAAACGAAAGACACAUAAGAAGAAAAGAAAUCAUGGAUAG